AUGAGCAAAGUGUACUACAACAAGGAGAGGAGAUACAACUACACUACUCCCAAAUCAUUCCUCGAACAGAUCAGACUCUACCAGACUUUGCUCAAAGACCGCCAUCUCGAUUUGCAAGCUAAAAUGCAGAGACUGGAGAAUGGGCUAGAAAAACUGAAAAGCACGACUCAGCAAGUCGACGACCUCAAAGCCAAACUCAAAGCACAAGAAGUCGAAUUGGCGAUAAAAAACGAGGACGCAAACAAACUGAUUGAAGUCGUUGGGUCGGAAAGCGAAAAGGUUUCCAAAGAAAAGGCUGUUGCUGCAAUUGAGGAAGAAAAAGUUUCAAAAAUAGCCGUCGAAGUAGCAAAAAAACAGCAAGACUGCGAGCAAGACCUCGCUAAGGCUGAACCAGCCCUCCUGGCGGCCGAGGAAGCUCUGAACACCCUGAAUAAAGCCAACAUGGAGUUGUCGGCCGCCACCUCUAAGCUCACCGCCAUUCAAAACAAGAUUUCGUCGCUGGAGGCUGCCCUGUCCAAACUCACGGCACAGUUUGAGGAGGCGACCUCGGCCAAAAUAAAAUGCCAGAACGAGGCGGACAUGACCUACAAGUACCCCGUGGGUCACUAUCCUAGAACUAUUGAGCUGGCUAACAGACUAGUUGGAGGAUUGGCCUCUGAGAAUGUUCGCUGGGCACAAGCUGUCGAAAAUUUCGAGUUGCAGAAGAAGACCCUGCCCGGGGAUAUUCUCUUGGUCACUGCAUUCAUUUCUUAUUUGGGGUCAUUUUCUAAAAGCUACCGAAACCAGCUUUUAUACGACGACUGGACAAAUUACCUAAAGAGAAAAGGGACAAUAUCUUAUAACGAAGGAAAAGCAAUCAAGAUCGGGGACAAAGAAGUCGAAUAUGGAAAGACUUUCAAAUUGAUUUUGCACACUAAACUUGCGAAUCCGCACUACCCUCCAGAAAUACAAGCUCAAACAACUCUGAUCAACUUCACGGUCACUCCCGAUGGUCUCGAAGACCAGCUUCUGGCUGCUGUCGUCAGCAAAGAAAGACCGGAUCUCGAACGACUCAAAUCUGACUUAACACGUCAACAAAAUGAGUUCAAGAUCACACUCAAGGAACUGGAAGACUCGUUGCUGGCCCGACUGUCGUCUGCAGAGGGGAACUUUCUGGGCGACUAUGCACUCGUGGAAAACCUUGAAACGACGAAAAGAACUGCGAUCGAAAUCGAAGAAAAAGUAGCGCAAGCAAAGGUGGAAUUGUGGAGGAUCAUAUUGAUAGAUCACAGAAUCGGAGAUUAA